AUGUCCCGACAAAAUAUUCUAACUGAUCCCCCAUUGCCAAGGGACCAAGAGAUCGUUUUGGAAAGUGGUUUGAAAAUUGAAAGCAUAGAUUGCUUGUAUAACCCUCAGAUAUUCAAGAGAAGCUUACAAUGUUAUGCCUGUACGCUACUUAUAAAGUAUAUCUUGGCAUAUAUGUUCGUUCCCUUUGAAAAUAUUGAGAAUAGACCGUCUUUGGCGGUUGUCACGGUGUUAUAUACUUUGGCUAUAUUUACCAUAUGUAUCUCAUUACUUCCAUUUUCUACAAUUGCUAUUCCAACUGGCUUUACUGUUUGCUGUUUAAUAACUUGGUCCAUAUUGGAGUUUAUCGGUCUCCUUUUAACGCUAACUUCUACAAUAUUAUGCCUAAAUGUCGAUAAGAUGUAUCAAUAUGAAGUAAAUGGAUCGGGAAAAAAGGAGAGGGUAGAAAUAACAUUAUAUGUUCAAGUCUUGUGUUGUUUAGCGUUAGUUUCGAAUUGCUUUUCAUUUUUGUUUUCGUUGGUAAAUGCCCUCUGCGGUUACAAGUCACUAUCCUACUUAGUGAAUAGCAUAGACAGAAGGUUGCUACACAAUAAAGCAGAAUCUGAGGUCUUAGUUCAAAAACUCUCUUCUGAAAUGUGCAAAUCAUUGGAAAAGUACUACAACCCGUAA